AAGUAGAUGUACCUCACGGAAGCCGGCUUUGGCCCUGCGGCUGCCGCCGUCGCCGCGGAGAAAUUGUUGGAGCUGGCGGCCUAGGAAUGAAUCUCCCAGCCUCUAAGCUCACCUGGUCAGAAUCCUCGGAUGAGCCUGUGGGAUCCUUCCUCCUGGCCCCGUGGUUUGAAACCAGUGGCUUUGGGACUGUAAGAGGAUGGACAAAGAUCCCCAGGGGCUGCUAGAGUCGACACUGAUGGCAUCGGGCACCGCCAGCCGCUCGGAGGACGAGGAGUCGCUAGCAGGGCAGAAGCGGGCCUCCUCCCAGGCCUUGGGCACCAUCCCGAAGCGGAGAAGCUCCUCCAGGUUCAUCAAGAGGAAGAAGUUCGACGAUGAGCUGGUGGAGAGCAGCCUGGCCAAGUCCUCCACCCGGGCGAAGGGGGCCAGCGGGGUGGAGCCAGGCCGGUGUUCUGGGAGCGAACCCUCCUCGAGCGAGAAGAAGAAGGUGUCCAAAGCCCCCAGCACGCCCGUGCCACCCAGCCCAGCCCCAGCCCCCGGCCUCAGCAAACGCGUGAAGAAGAGCAAGCAGCCGCUUCAGGUGACCAAGGACCUGGGCCGCUGGAAGCCUGCGGAUGACCUCCUGCUCAUCAAUGCCGUGCUGCAGACCAACGACUUGACGUCUGUGCACCUGGGCGUGAAGUUCAGCUGCCGCUUCACCCUGCGGGAAGUCCAGGAGCGCUGGUACGCCCUGCUCUACGACCCCGUCAUCUCCAAGCUGGCCUGCCAGGCCAUGAAGCAGCUGCACCCGGAGGCCAUCGCAGCCAUCCAGAGCAAGGCGCUGUUCAGCAAGGCCGAGGAGCAGCUGCUGAGCAGGGUAGCAUCGACCAGCCAGCCCACCUUGGAGACCUUCCAGGACCUGCUGCACAGACACCCGGAUGCCUUCUACCUGGCGCGCACGGCCAAGGCUCUGCAGGCCCACUGGCAGCUCAUGAAGCAGUACUACCUGCUGGAGGACCAGACAGUGCAGCCGCUGCCCAAGGGGGACCAAGUCCUGAACUUCUCUGACGCCGAGGACCUGAUUGACGAUAGCAAGCUCAAGGACAUGCGCGAUGAAGUCUUGGAACACGAGCUGACCGUGGCCGACCGGCGCCAGAAGCGGGAGAUCCGGCAGCUGGAGCAGGAGCUGCACAAGUGGCAGGUGCUGGUCGACAGCAUCACAGGCAUGAGCUCUCCGGACUUCGACAACCAGACGCUGGCCGUGCUGCGGGGCCGCAUGGUGCGGUACCUGAUGCGCUCACGAGAGAUCACCCUGGGCCGAGCAACUAAGGAUAACCAGAUCGACGUGGACCUGUCUCUGGAGGGUCCGGCCUGGAAGAUCUCCCGGAAGCAAGGUGUCAUCAAGCUGAAGAACAAUGGUGACUUCUUCAUCGCCAACGAGGGCCGGCGGCCCAUCUACAUCGACGGGCGGCCUGUGCUAUGCGGCUCCAAGUGGCGUCUCAGCAACAACUCGGUGGUGGAGAUUGCCAGCCUGCGAUUCGUCUUCCUCAUCAACCAGGACCUCAUCGCCCUCAUCCGGGCUGAGGCCGCCAAGAUCACCCCGCAGUGAGGCGUGGGAGCUGGGGUCCCCUGGCCUCGCUUAUCCUGCCAGUCCUGGCUUCGGGAGAAACCUCUGCCCAUGGCGGGCAGCAGGAGGCCAACUGCUGGCCAGUGGGUUGGAGCCUUCGGGGCGAGUGGGGCUGGCGUGGGGCUGCCAGAGGGGCUAGGACCCACCUCCCUCCCCGCGGCCGCCCUCCCCCCUCUCCCUCUGCCCCCCACUCCUGUGUGUCUCCAGCUGUUAGCCUCAGACUUUGCUUUAACUGUUUUUUUUUCUUUUGUAAAUAAAAAGCACCAA